UGGAAAGGCUUCUUCAGAGUCAUUUGGUCUAAAGAUAGAUCCUUUCAAAGCAUUGCACUACCCCUGAAUCUCAGUACACGUUGUCUUCCCGACUUGAUCAAGGUCUUCAUUGAAGUGUUACGCAAACAUGGCAACCAAAACCGAGCCUGAGAUUAUCCUUUACGAUUUGGCCUGCAUCAAGGAUGUUUGCUUCUCCCCAACCGUCUGGCGUAUCCGCCUCAUGCUUAACUACAAGAAGAUCCCGUACAGGACAGUCUUCCUUGAGUUUCCUGACAUUGAGCCUACGCUGAAAGGGCUUGGACUAAGUCCCAGCGGAUCUAAAUAUACGGUCCCCGCUAUCCAUCACGUGCCAACCAACAUGUACAUGCUAGACUCAACCCCCAUCGCACAAUUUCUCGAGUCAACCUAUCCAGACCCUCCAGUACCGUUGACGUCAGAGCUAGGUCGUGAGAUAGAGGCCAAGUCACGCUCUGUGGUUGGUGCAGCUUUUCGUACAUCAGUGACACCGCGCGAGAUUAACAUCCUCUCUCCACGCUCGCAGGAGUACUUCCGGCGCACACGCGAGGCUUCGCUCGGACAACGACUCGAGGACCUUCUUGAUGGUGACAAAGAAGAGAAGAGCUGGAAUGCUGUGGGGGAUGGUAUGCGUGCUGUAGGCGAGUUGAUGAUGACCAACAAGACUGAUGGGCCGUUCGUGCUGGGUGCCAAGCCUAGCUAUACUGACUUCUUUAUUGCUGGGAACCUUCAAUCUGCCAGGAUGGUGGACGAGGGAGUGUUCCAGAGGAUUGUCCAAUAUUCUGGUUAUAAGGAAAUUUACGAGGCAUCCCUGCCGUACAUGGAGAAGAGAGAUUGAGUAGAGAAAACUCAAAGUAUGGUAUAUGAGCCAAUACAUCCAUAACCUGAAUCUUAUGCUUUAUUGAGUUUUCAGAUUCACGUACACGAGCUCAUGACUAUACACAGCUCUGCAUCCUUCUCAGCAGCGCAAGCCUUCUAGCUGACCAUACCAGCAUGAGAUUCCUAGAAGAUUUAUACUCUUCACAAACUGGUAUACGGGGGCACUUCUUUCGGCUUGACCCAAGUACCCAACCAUACACCAAACUUCCACAGAGGCCAAGCAAUAACGCACGUGAUUACAAAGGCCCAGAUAGAAACGGCUCUGUCCAUUUCCACCCAAAUGUCUCCCAAGCCUUGCCUGUACA